AUGGCACAGACACACGCAUCGUAUCAUUCCUUCCGGAGCACGGAAGUUACCGAGGCAUCCGCACUGAAUCCCGGGAGGAAGGCGCACGCUGCAGAGUCGCGGUCGCCCCGGACCCCAGGCCGUUCCGUGGUGCGCCGGGGCGUCGCGGUGCUGCUCGGCGUCGCCGUCGUAGCAGGGAUAUGGUCUCCCCACGCCUUGGGGACGAUUCCUACCGCGAGAGAAGCCGCCUUGGCGGAAAGCCUCGAAGUGCCCUUGUGGGGCAAUGUACGCAAAAUCCGUGACGCCCAAAACUUGGCCGAUCACUACCAAAAAUCCCUCUUGCUCCAGUCGGGACAAAUGAAGCACGUUCUGAAAAAGAUUGAGAAAAAGGGAAGCAUUGACGACUAUGCGAAACCACCAGAGGGCUGUGAAGCCACCGUUGUCAUUGUCCGACAUUGCGAAAAAGGCAACAUACGGGAGCAUUGCAAUUACGCCGGAUACGAAAGAUCCGUGUACCUAUCGACCCUUUUUGGUGACGCCGGUGAGCGUUGGCCGGCCCCAUCCUUCAUUUUUGCCAUGAGUCCGGGCGGACGGCACAAGAAGCGCAAGAUGAACUUUCGCGAAAUCGAAACCGUCGGGCCCUUGUCUGAUAAGAUCGGCGUCCCCGUUGACUACUCCUACAGCGAAAAGACGGUCAACAAGAUGGCCGCGGAAAUAUUGACCUUUUUGCAAACUGGUGCCCUUUGCGGCAAGGUGGCCCUGAUUAGUUGGAAACAUAGCAACAUUGGACACUUGGCGCAUCAUUUGGGAUGCGGCCCCAGCGAGGGAUGUCCACUGGAUUACCGUGGACAUUCAUUUGAUAACGCCUGGCAACUCAAGUUCGUCUACCAGGAAUCGCUUCAUUCGGUGCGCAAGGAUUUAAAGCUGCGGAACCAAAAACCCUCCUGGCAUGUCUUUGGCUCCGUGCAGCCUGAAGGAUUUGAUCCCCUCGCAUUUUCCAAGCGCAUGGGCGAUUACCCGCUGAAUGGAACCGCCCACGGAGCCCGCUGGCAGAACGCGGCCGUCAAUAUUCCCGAACGCAAACAUCUCCGCGAUACGCAGUCCUGGAAGGACUUGCUAGAUGGGGAGUGGCCAACAGAUACUACCCGAACAAGCAAAGUUCGGGGUGACCAUUUCUAGAAGUUUUACAUGACGCGGAGGUCGAUUUGUUAGAACCACGACGCACUUUGUCGCCAGCGUCCUAGCAUGCCACAUUAUAUGUACAAUACAAGAACUGCGACAACACACCGUACCACGUGAAUAUCAUACACUUUAUAAAAAUAUAAAUCGUAAACACCGC